AUGUUGAUGCCCAAACAGAACCGUGUCGCUAUCUAUGAGUACCUCUUUAAAGAAGGUGUCAUGGUAGCCAAAAAAGACUACCAUGCACCCAAACACAUCGAUCUGGAGAAAAUCCCCAACCUCCAAGUGAUCAAGGCAAUGCAGUCCCUUAAAUCUAGAGGUUAUGUUAAGGAACAAUUUGCGUGGAGGCAUUUCUACUGGUACCUAACAAAUGAGGGCAUCGAAUAUUUGAGGAUUUUCCUACAUCUGCCCCCUGAGAUUGUGCCCGCCACUCUGAAGCGUUCAGUGCGUACGGAGCCAGUCCGUCGUGGUGCUGUGGGCCGGCCAGAUGCUCCUGCUCGCUCGGCUGAAGACAGAUCUGCCUACCGCAGAGCACCCCCCGCUGGUGGACACGAUAAGAAGGCUGAUGUGGGACCGGGAUCAUCAGACGUUGAAUUUAGAGGAGGAUUUGGACGUGGACGACCUACCCCUAAUUAA